ACUUACAUAAAUCCCUCCACGAAGCUUCCUCACCCCUCCCAUCUCUCUCUCUAUUUGUUUUCAAGGCAAAAAGGCUCUCAAACUUGAACACAAGCUCCUCAUCUUCUCUGAUAUCAAUUCUCUCUUCCAUAUUAUGAGAGAGAUGACUCUCCAGCCACUUUCUGUGAGAAGAAACUGCAACCUUGACCUCCGGCUUCCUCCGCCAGGUCUCGAUUUCCUUCCGGCCACAACGGGUUCCGCCGGCGACGACACUCCCAUGACUCAGAGAUCUUCAGUAGAGACCCCACAACAACUCACUAUUUUCUACAAUGGCCGCAUUUGUGUCUGCGAUGUUACAGAGCUUCAGGCUAGAGCUAUCAUAUGUGUGGCAAAAAGAGAGAUGGAGGAAAGGAUGAACACACCGCGAUCGGAACCUGUCUCACCCUUGCAAUGUCAACUUCAAAGUCCGGCGGGUCUGUCAAUGAAGAGAUCACUGCAGCAAUUCCUUCAGAAACGAAAGAAUCGAAUCCAAGCCACUUCCCCUUACAAGGAGCAAUGAAGGAUAUGCAUCCCCAACCCUUCAAUGUGGUCAAUUUAUGACAGAAGAUGGAUCUUGAAGAAUAGUUAAGGAAGAUUAAGGCAGCGAAUUGAAGACUUAUUUGUAAAAUUUGAUGGUAGCAGAAGAGAUUUUAUAUGUAGAGCAUGUAUGUGUAUAGUAAGUAUCAAAGUAUCAAUUGAAGCUAAAUGAGAAAGAAAUUUCUCUUAACCAAUUUUACAAAUAACAUGAUUUGUGUUUUCCUUUC